CUGAAAAACAUUUAUUUGACACAUAUUGAAAAUUGGUUACAACACAAUGAUUUGUUCCCCGGGAAAAAUUAGAAAAAGGGCUUACAAUAGGUCCAUGCAUGGUUUAAAAGUCCUGUUGGUGUUCCAAGGUGACGUCUCACCGGUCGUUGGACAGCAUGGCAAUUUCCACGAAUUGCAGGCAGGUCGAUUCACACCGCGUGAGCCACAGUUCACCACAUCAAGGAAAGGUAUACCAGGGAUGGACGCGAUCUUCUUCCGCAGGAGAACAAAAGACCCACAUCAGGGAAACUUAGAACUCUUUGCUUUUGUAGACGUCAUCACAAUACACGGGUUCCAGACUCAAAACAUCACUAGUGCUUUUCCCGGAAAAACCAGACCUCACCAAGAGGCCAAUAACAAAAUUUUAGGAGGACAUCAGACGAACACGUUCACAAUACACAACACAAGACGAGGAGACAAGUAAAAAAACGAAGCGAAGCGAAGCAAGCGAUCGAGCUCCUGCCGGUCAGCGUAUUUAUAGCCCGAUUCGGCCUUUCCAGAAACAAUGUGACGUUACCUAAUUUGCAUAUUGCCAAAACAACUCAACCCGAAGAAAACACAGCUUGCAGGUUGCACAAUCAUUAUUUAAUUUGGCGUUCAGCACUUAACACCUCAACAUGAUUUCAUCACGUCAUUGACACGUGCUCUUUCGGAAAUUUACCGACAUCUGCCGAAUGACAACAACCAAUCAUAGCAUGCCGCAUGUUUUCCGAACACUUCCGAUUCAAACUCGGACAUUUGAGUGUUGGCGGCAGGUGGAUGGGAUUCUUCGCGCAAAGUUUUCUCUCGGAAUGGCAAAAGAUGUCUUUUGCAAUAAUAAAAUGGCAAGCAUAUGCUUGCGAAAAUGUAGAAGAUUGAUUCAUGUUCAAUGUUAGCUGUGCAUUUACUUUCAUUGACCCAAUCGAGAUUUUUGUUCUGCAUCAAAUUCUAAACUAUUUGAUAAAUGGUUUUCAAGGCCUCUGCGGAUGAUAUAACAUUGCAACUGAAGUCUUUUAAAAACUAACAUGGUUUAAUGAUAAAUUGGAUGGUAGGAAAGCAUUUUCAUCAAUGUAUUAAUCAUUUACAAGUGCAGAACAUUUGCGAAAUAAUUUGGAACUCUGUAGUGGAGAAAAAAAUGUUUACGUGUGAUGUUUGUUCCAAAGAAUUUAGGUUAAGAUGCAAACUUAAGAAGCAUUUUAAAAUCCAUAGCGGGGAAAAGCCAUUUUCUUGUACGGUUUGCUCAAGAGCUUUUACUGAAAAGGGGACUCUCAGAAGCCAUAUGAGGAUCCAUACGGACGAGAAGCCGUAUUCUUGUGAGUUUUGUCCAAAGACAUUCAACAGCAGCUCAGAUCGGAAUGCACAUUCCAGAACCCAUACUGGUGCAAAACCAUUUUCCUGCACCAUUUGUACGGGUGCGUUUGCUACACUGAGAAGACUGAAGUUACACUUAAGAACUCACUCUGGGGAAAAGCCAUUUCUCUGUGAAUUCUGUCCAAAAGCAUUCUCUCGACAAGGAGACCUUCAUAGACAUCGGAUAACCCAUACGGGAGAGAAACCGUACAUCUGCGAAGUUUGCUCAAAAGAGUUUACUCGGGGAAAUUCUUUUAAAGAACAUAUGAAUAUUCAUACGGGAGAAAAGCCGUAUUCUUGUGACGUUUGUUCCGAGGCCUUUUCUUUGAAAAAACAACUUGUUAUUCAUAUGUCCCUCCACGAGACAAACAGUGUGAAAGAAAAGCCAUUUUCUUGCGAUUUCUGUGCAAAAGCAUUUUUUCGACGUUGUGACGUUAAUCAACAUAUGGUAACCCAUAUGGAAGUGAAGCCAUAUGCGUGUGAAAUCUGUUCAAAAGAAUUUUCUCGAAAUACAUAUCUUAAACAGCAUAUGAUGAAGCAUACCGGAGAGAAGCCAUAUGCCUGUGAGAUCUGUUCAAAAGCUUUUUCCAGGAAGAGAAGUCUUAGUGUUCAUAUGCAACUCCACCAGCAAUCCAACGUGGGAGAAAAACCGUAUCGGUGUGAAGUUUGUUCAGGAAAGUUUAAACGUAAAUCUAAUAAAAAUUAUAUUAGGAUCCAAACGGAAGAAAACCCGAAUUCCUGUGAAGUUUGUUCAAAUGCUUCUGCUCUAAGUGAAUAUCUUACUGAACACAUGACAUCAGAGAAGCAAGCCCUUAUGAGGAAAAAAAAGUACUCGUGUGAAGUUUGUUCACGGGGAUUUUCUCGAACUAGGGAUUUCAAAGAACACAUGUAUACCCAUAUGGGAAUAAAACCAUAUACUUGUAAUAUUUGUUCAAAAGCUUUCGCUCGAAAAAUCAUUCUUACUGAACAUUUGGCAAUGCACGAGCGGAUCGAUAGGGGUGAAAAACCUUUUCCGUGUGAAAUUUGUUCAAUGACAUUUACUCGAAGUAGAGAUGCUAAAGAACAUAUGACGAUCCAUACGGGGGAAAAACCUUUCACCUGUGAGGUUUGUUGCAAAGAUUUUGCUCGAAAAAGAUAUCUUACUGGACAUAUGAAAGUCCAUAAACGACCGCUUGUAUUGAAAGUUGAAACUCAGUAAAAAAGAAAUUGUUCUUUUGAAGACCAAUAAAUGUAAUUUUU